AUGGCUGGUGCGGACGAGACUCUCGCGGCCGCGACUGCCGUGCUGCAGUCUUUGGCGAGAGAUGAGCCUACCGCCGGCUCAUCAUCGCCCCCUUUCAAUUUCGAAUUCCCUCCUACAAACGGCGCGAAAGGGUCCAAACUGCCUGGAGAACCCACCGCUGCAAAGGCCGCCUUCGAAACAGAGUUGGAGGCCUUGGUGCGUCGCGUGCAUCACCUGGAAUUCCAAGCUGUCAGUCAUCACAAAUUCCCCGACGACCCCCAGCCGGCCACAUCGUCUGCUCUCGGAUCCAACGAGAAGGACCCUGAUUUUUUGUGGACCUUUGGGCUCGAUCGCUUGUCGUCCGGUCAAGGUUCUGACUCUUCUUGCCUCACACAGCAGCAAAAACUGAAUCAACCCGAUCGGCGACAACGGACCCCCUCGGGCCCGGAGGAGCAACCUCCCGGUGACCUUGACGACGACGAAACUGACGAUGAGGAUGAGAACGGACGGACCCGUGUGGUUCGAGAGGAGGACAUCAGCAUUCUACGCAACCACGUCCAGAAACAGGCCGAGGAAAUUAGCUUCCAGAAGGACAUUAUCGCCCAAGUCCGAGAUGAGUUGCAGAAGCAGGAGGAACAUACCCGCCGUGCCCUCACCAAGGUCGAGAACGAGGACGUCGUCCUUCUGGAACGCGAGUUACGCAAACACCAACAGGCCAACGAGGCUUUCCAGAAAGCCUUACGAGAAAUCGGCGGUAUUAUCACCCAGGUCGCGAACGGUGACCUCUCGAUGAAGGUGCAGAUUCACCCCUUGGAAAUGGACCCCGAAAUCGCCACAUUUAAACGUACGAUCAAUACAAUGAUGGACCAACUGCAGGUAUUCGGUAGCGAAGUGUCUCGUGUCGCCCGUGAGGUCGGCACUGAGGGAAUACUAGGUGGACAGGCUCAAAUUACCGGCGUUCAUGGAAUCUGGAAAGAACUCACUGAAAACGUGAACAUUAUGGCCAAAAAUCUGACGGAUCAGGUGCGAGAAAUCGCGACUGUGACAACAGCUGUCGCCCACGGUGAUCUUUCUCAGAAGAUUGAGAGCCGUGCUCAGGGUGAAAUUCUGGAACUGCAACAAACGAUCAACACCAUGGUAGACCAACUUCGGACAUUUGCAACAGAGGUGACGCGGGUGGCGCGUGAUGUCGGUACAGAAGGUGUGCUGGGAGGUCAAGCCCAGAUUGAAGGUGUACAGGGAAUGUGGAACGAACUUACAGUCAAUGUCAACGCCAUGGCCAAUAAUCUGACCACGCAGGUGCGUGAUAUCGCGACCGUCACCAAGGCUGUCGCCAAGGGUGACCUGACGCAGAAGGUGCAAGCCAACUGCCGAGGAGAAAUAGCCGAACUCAAGGACAUUAUCAAUUCCAUGGUGGACCAGCUGCGACAAUUUGCUCAGGAGGUCACGAAAAUCGCUAAGGAGGUCGGUACAGAUGGUGUACUGGGAGGCCAGGCUACGGUGAAUGACGUCGAAGGCACAUGGAAGGACCUUACAGAAAAUGUGAACCGCAUGGCCAACAACCUGACCACUCAGGUUCGAGAGAUUGCCGAUGUCACCACGGCCGUCGCUAAGGGCGACUUGACCAAGAAGGUCACAGCCAACGUGCAAGGUGAGAUACUCGAUCUGAAGAGCACCAUCAACGGCAUGGUGGAUCGUCUGAACACGUUUGCCUUCGAGGUCAGCAAGGUCGCCCGUGAGGUCGGUACCGACGGAACCCUUGGUGGUCAAGCCAAGGUAGACAACGUGGAAGGAAAAUGGAAAGACCUAACCGACAAUGUCAACACCAUGGCCCAAAAUUUGACAUCACAAGUGCGAAGUAUUUCAGACGUCACACAAGCUAUCGCUAAGGGUGACCUGAGCAAGAAGAUUGAGGUGCACGCACAGGGAGAGAUUCUCACCCUGAAGGUCACUAUCAACCACAUGGUGGGUCGACUGGCCAAGUUCGCCACAGAACUGAAGAAGGUCGCUCGCGAUGUCGGUGUUGAUGGUAAGAUGGGUGGACAAGCCAACGUCGAAGGGAUUGCCGGAACAUGGAAGGAAAUCACCGAGGAUGUCAACACCAUGGCCGAGAACCUCACAUCUCAAGUGCGUGCAUUUGGCGAGAUCACGGAUGCCGCGACCGACGGUGAUUUCACCAAGCUUAUUACCGUCAACGCCUCUGGUGAGAUGGACGAGCUCAAGCGCAAGAUCAAUAAAAUGGUGUCCAACCUGCGAGACAGUAUUCAGCGAAAUACUGCUGCCAGGGAGGCUGCCGAACUUGCCAAUCGCACGAAAUCCGAGUUCUUGGCAAACAUGUCCCACGAGAUUCGAACCCCAAUGAACGGUAUCAUUGGAAUGACCCAGUUGACACUCGACACCGACGACCUGAAACCCUAUACCCGUGAGAUGUUGAAUGUGGUGCACAACCUGGCCAACAGCUUACUCACCAUCAUUGAUGAUAUACUCGAUAUUUCCAAGAUUGAAGCGAACCGGAUGGUGAUUGAAAGCAUUCCGUUUACUGUGCGGGGCACUGUCUUCAACGCCUUGAAGACCUUGGCUGUCAAGGCAAACGAAAAGUUCCUGAGCCUGACCUACCAAGUGGACAAUACUGUGCCGGAUUAUGUGAUCGGUGAUCCAUUCCGUCUACGCCAGAUUAUCCUGAACUUGGUUGGCAACGCUAUAAAGUUUACCGAGCAUGGAGAAGUCAAACUCACCAUCCGAAAAUCUGACCGGGAGCAGUGUACGACAAACGAGUAUGCCUUCGAGUUCUCCGUGUCUGACACAGGUAUCGGUAUCGAGGAAGACAAGUUAGACCUGAUCUUCGAUACCUUCCAGCAAGCCGAUGGCUCGACCACCCGUCGUUUCGGUGGUACCGGUCUUGGUCUAUCUAUUUCCAAGCGUCUUGUCAACCUGAUGGGUGGUGAUGUUUGGGUCACGUCCGAAUACGGACACGGCAGUACCUUCCAUUUCACUUGUGUGGUCAAGCUCGCUGACCAAUCUAUCAAUGUCAUUGCCUCGCAACUUCUACCAUACCGGAACCACCGUGUUCUGUUCAUCGACAAGGGCCAAAACGGCACCCAAGCUUCUAAUGUUAUGAAAAUGCUCAAACAAAUCGAGUUGGAGCCAUUAGUGGUUCGCAACGAAGAGCAUGUUCCACCACCGGAGAUUCAAGAUCCGUCUGGAAAGGAAUCUGGUCACGCAUAUGACGUUAUCAUCGUUGACUCUGUGGAUACGGCUCGUAUUCUGCGAACAUUUGAUGAGUUCAAGUAUAUCCCGAUCGUGCUGGUUUGUCCAUUGGUCUGUGUCAGCUUGAAAUCCGCUCUAGAUCUCGGUAUCAGUUCGUAUAUGACAACGCCAUGCCAGCCGAUUGAUCUCGGCAAUGGUAUGCUUCCAGCAUUGGAAGGUCGAUCAACGCCUAUCACCACUGACAACUCCCGGUCCUUCGAUAUUCUCCUUGCUGAAGAUAAUGACGUGAAUCAGCAACUGGCAGUGAAGAUACUCCAGAAACACAACCACAAUGUCUUUGUUGUUGGCAAUGGUUUGGAGGCCGUCGAGGCUGUCAAGAAGCGUCGCUAUGACGUUAUUCUUAUGGAUGUGCAAAUGCCAGUCAUGGGUGGUUUCGAAGCCACUGGCAAGAUUCGUGAAUACGAGCGUGAGAGUGGCCUCCAGCGGACUCCGAUCAUUGCACUCACGGCCCACGCCAUGUUAGGCGACCGUGAGAAGUGUAUUCAGGCUCAGAUGGACGAGUACUUGUCCAAGCCACUCAAGCAGAACCAGAUGAUGCAGACCAUUCUCAAGUGUGCUACACUUGGUGGCUCAUUACUAGAGAAAAGCAAAGAGUCUCGGAUCUCUAGCAGUGGAGAAAUGCACCCUAUCCACUCCUCCGUUCCCGACAACCAGAAUCAGCAGCAACAACAACAGCGUUCUCAAAAGAUGCAACCGUUGCCAACACCUCCCCGACCUGGCCCCGAAACUCGGGCAGUCACCACCUCCGGUCCCAUCGCCCGGGGGAGUGCUGUCAGUCCCGGCCCUGUCGAGGACAAUGAUGUAGAGAUGAUCGAUGAUCGGUCCCUGCUGCGAUCGAACAGUACCUGA